GUUAUGAGGAUGUUGUACCACAUCCUUUGCUUGCUUUUAGCGCUCGUGUAUUUCCAGCGCCAUUGUUCAUUGAGUUUCCUUUCGUCAGCUCAUUUCUGCCUCCCAGAACAGGGAGCUGCCUUGCUCGAAUUCAAAAACACCAUUUCUCUAUAUGAUUAUUGCGGGACAUUUUCUUCUUACCCUAGGACAAAUUCUUGGAAUGAAAGCUCGGAUUGCUGUUCAUGGGAUGGAGUCAGUUGCCACAUGGUGACGGGUCAUGUGAUUGGCAUAGACCUCAGUAACAGCUGCCUUUACGGUACCCUCCUAGCAAAUAGCAGCCUCUUCCACCUUGAAACACUUCACCUCUUCCACCUUCAAGAACUCCAACGACUCAACCUUGCUCACAACAAUUUCAAUGGCUUCAUCCCUUCGGAGUUAUUUCAUCAAUUUGUGAGUUUGACCCAUCUUAAUCUCUCUUCUAAUUCAUUAUGUGACUUAAUCCCAUAUGAAAUCAGUCUCCUGUCAAAAUUGGUUUCACUCGAUCUUUCCAAUAAUGGUUAUCCCGACUUGAGAUUUGAUAGUCAAGGUUUUGACAUGCUUGUACGCAAUUUAACUGAAUUAAGAAACCUUAGCCUUGACUCUGUAGAUAUGUCUGAUGUUGCACUUCCUUCCUUUAUAAACGUGACUCCAUCUCUGGAAAGCUUGAGUCUUAAUGAUUGUCAACUAGAUGGAGAACUUUCAAGUGAAGUUUUUAGCCUUCCAUACCUCCAGCACAUAGAUAUAGGUUGGAAUCAAAAUCUCACAGGUCAUCUCCCUAAGACAAACUUGAGUAAUGCCCUUAAGUUGUUGGACCUUUCCUUUUGCCGUUUUAGAGGGUCAAUUCCCGCAACAUUUGGAAAUCUCACUCAAAUCAUCUUCCUAGAUUUUACAGGAAAUGAUUUUGGAGGACAGAUUCCUGAUGCUUUUGGAAACCUUAAUAAAUUGACUUUUUUGUCAUUUGAUUCCUGUAAUUUUAGUGGUCAACUUCCAUCAACUAUGUUCAACCUCACACAUCUUACCUAUCUAGAUUUGUCAUAUAAUCGAUUAGAAGGUUCGCUGCCAAUUCAUGUUAGUGAGCUUCAAUUGCUAGAAGAUAUUAGCAUAUCCAAGAACCUUGUAAGUGGUGGCGUACCAUCUUGGCUGUUUACUUUGCCAUCUUUGAGAAGGUUAGAUCUCAGCUAUAACAAGCUCACCGGUCCAAUUGACCAAAUUCAGAAGCCUAAUUCUCUUGAAUAUAUUGAUUUGAGUUCUAAUGACAUUCAUGGAUCAAUGCCCAGUUCUUUUUUUGAUCUUGUGAGCCUUGACACGCUUCAUCUUUCCUCAAAUAACUUGAGUGGUGUCAUCAAGCCAAAUAUGCUUGCGAAACUCAAAAAUCUUUACCAUCUUAGUCUUUCAAAUAAUAGUUUACUAUCUUUAAGUACAAGCAGCGAUGAUGAGAACUAUUCCUUCCCUAAGCUUGCUACUGUGUCAUUCUCUUCUUGUAGCAUAAGACAGUUCCCAAGUUUCUUUCGAACAUCAAAUUUGGAGCUUUUAGAUCUUUCCAAUAACAAGAUUCAUGGUAGGAUUUCCAAAUGGGAAGCAGAAGGGUGGGAACAAUUGAGUGUGUUGAACCUUUCUUACAACUUUCUGACCACCUUGGGGCAACUUCCAGCCGGAAAGAAUAUUCAAGUUCUGGACCUUCACUCCAACAUGCUUCAAGGGCCAAUUCUCUCAACUUGCUUGAAUCUUCAGAUUCCAAAUCAAACACAAAGUUUGAUUGUAUUCUUAAUUUCAAAGAAUAAAUUGACUGGAAAUAUCCCUCAAUUGAUUUGCAAUCAGAGUUCGCUUAUGGUUCUUGACUUAUCUAGAAAUAACUUGAUUGGAACUGUUCCAAAUUGUCUUGGAAAUUUCAGCUAUUCUCUCACGAUCAUGAAUUUGGAGAUGAAUAAUUUUUAUGGCAAAGUCCCUGAUUCUUUCGCAAAUAAUAUGUUGAGAAAUCUUCUCCUCAAUGACAACCAAUUGGAGGGAUCACUGCCGCGAUCCUUGGCUAAUUGUAGUUCUUUAGAAGUUUUGAAUUUAAGGAACAACAAGUUAACUGAUACCUUUCCCUAUUGGUUAGCUUCAGUUCCAAGGUUACGAGUUCUUACUUUGCAGUCCAAUAGAUUGCAUGGUCCCAUGCCCAAUUCUAUAGCUUCUUCUAACUUUUCUGCAUUGCAAAUAAUUGAUCUCUCACAUAAUAAGCUCGUUGGCCCCCUGCCAGCAAAAUUCUUUCAAAAUUUGAGGGCAAUGGAAGAUGUACCUAAAGAUAGAUCUUCGGAGUCAUUCUUGUACAAGAAUCCGAAUGCUCAAGUUAUGUAUGCUUAUGACUAUCACCAAACUGCUGUAAAUAUAACAACAAAAAGAACGGAGAUUGAGUUGGUCAAAACCUUGAUCAUUUUUACAUCCAUGGACUUUUCGAACAAUUUAUUCAGUGGACAAAUUCCUGAGGAACUCGGAGAACUUAUUUCACUCCAAGCACUCAACUUGUCUAACAACAACUUGACUGGUCCUAUUCCGCCAUCUUUCGGAAAUAUGAUUGCACUUGAGUCCUUAGAUCUCUCGUCAAACAAGCUUGGUGGUAGAAUUCCUUCCCAAUUGACGAAUCUGACAUUCCUUGCAGUGUUAAAUCUUUCACAAAAUGAUCUUGUGGGACCAAUUCCCCAUGGGAAGCAAUUUGAUACUUUUGAGAAUGAUUCUUAUAGUGGUAACUUGGGAUUGUGUGGCCUCCCACUGUCAAAGCAAUGCGGCGACCCUGAACCUAAACCACCGGUGCCAAUGGUUAAGGAAGAUGAAGGUUCUGAAAUGGCCUUUAUUUGGAAAGUUGUAAUGAUGGGCCAUGGAUGUGGAGUGGUGUUAGGAUUGAGCAUGGGAUACAUUGUAUUCACAAAAGGAAGACCAUGGUGGUUUAUCAGAAUGGUUGAGAGAGAUUGGCAAAACUAUGUUACAAAGUGGAUUCGCAGAAACAGAGGAAGAAGAAACUAGCACCACAUCCAGAUCAUGCAUAGGGUGGCUUUCGUACUGAAUCUAAUGCACCCUGCUACUCUUAACGUUUGGCUUUUCCAUGGCAGUGGUUUGAACAAUUCCAGAUGUUCUUAGUGGAUAAUUUACUUUUCAUGUUCAGCAGAUUUUAUCUGAAGUUUCAUGUGGAAAAG